UAGCACAGCAUUACGGACAGUCCGUGGAGGAAGACUACGCGGACUACGCUGAAGGCUUUGGACAAAGACGCGUGAGAUCUGAGCGAGCUGUUGCCCCGCAGCGGGCAGAUCUGAUCAAUCGGGGCAAGAUGUGGGUUUGGUACUUUCUGCUCGGUUCGGGAAUGCGCACGGUCUCGGUCGAUUGUCAGCUUCUACCUGGAAAUAACUUUACAACCGAGUGCAACAUUCCAGGAAAUUUUAUGUGCAGCGAUGGUGAAUGUAUUCCUGGAGGUUGGCAGUGUAACGGCUUUCCAGACUGCUUCGACAAGAGUGACGAGAAGGGAUGCCUGAAGGUGAAGGCAAAAUGCGCACCCACAUUCUUUGCUUGUGCAAACGGGGUCCACUGCAUUAUUGGCCGCUUCCAGUGUAAUGGUUUCAGAGACUGCCCGGAUGGCAGCGAUGAAGACAACUGCAGUGAGUAUCCAAUGUGCAUCCAAGGCAACUGUUUGGAUCAUUACCGGCCAGAGGUAUUUGAGCACAGCAAGAGGUUACUCCUGCAUCUCCUCAUCGCCCUCUCCUGCAACAACAACUUCCAGGUCAUCGCCUCUGUCCUGUUACUAACCAGAGAGAUUGGCGACAACAAGACGCUCACCGUUAAAUCCAGCUACCAGCCCGAAUACCUCUACACAGUUUCUUGCUAG